CCAACCACACACGUUCCUUUGUUUCUUCUUCUUUAAAAUUCGGCUCGGCGCGACAAGAACCCGCUUUACGUGAUCGCGGAGUGCUUUAGGAACCCCCGUCGACUAUAAUUAGGAUGCUCGAUGGAUUAGAACUGAGCUAGAGACCUGAAAAGCUUUAUCCUGCAUCACUAGUGAAGAUUUAGUUGAGUUAAAUGGGAUAAGGGAGCAAUAUGAACAAGAUACACUCCAGUAUCCUCGCCGUGGUUCUUAGUAUUUUCCUGAUACACGCCGCGGAUCCACCGUUCGAGUCAACCAGCACGCUACUUCAGUUUUUUCCAUUAAAAAACUCGACUCCCGCUCAAAAUAAGACUGUUUCCAACCAGGAUCAAGUCAAAAACUUAUUCAUCACUCUCCAGAACAUCCAGAAGGAACACGAAACAUCUAACGAAACCAAUAGAAGAGUUUAUAAUACCGUCCAAGACUUUUUAACUCAGUCUGAUAAAAACAUCCACGAAAUAACGUUAGAAAAUGAUUUCGUCAGGCCAUUAUUGACUCAGUAUCAGAGAGAAAUCCAUGAGGAACCUAGCUACGAGGCUGUUCAGAAUUCUGGAAGGAUUUCCAAAGAGGAUUACGUGGAUUCGUUCAAAAUUCUUUCCAAAGAGGAGAUAGACGCUUUGAUUCAUGGAUAUGAUAAGUACCAGAACAAUCACGCUCAGUUUGUGGAUCAAACAGGGAAUGGAGUGGUUAAUGGAGAAUACGGUGAUGCAAACGUGGAUUUAACAUCACCCAAUCAUCAGGAGUCUGUUGCGUAUAGUAAUGGAAAUAAUGCAGAAAGCCCACAAAAAGAAAAUAAUAAACCAGUUGGUGAUUUGCAUCCACCACCAAGCAACGGACAAGGGUAUAGUUCUUUGAGUCUAGAUUCUACACAGGGUGAUAAUAAUGCUUAUAGUAAUGAUAAUUAUCAGCAAGAAGGUGGAAGUUUGCGUCCACCACCCAUAAAUGGCAAGGAAUAUGUAUCUUUGAACAAGAAUUCUGAUGUGAACGAUCAAAAAAGGUACAAUGGUAUUGAGCAAGUUGGUGGGAUUGAUGGAUUACCGUUAGAGGGUGAUGUAAAACGGAGUGAUAAAUCAACUGAAAAUAUCAAAGAAAUUAGUGUGGAAAAUACAAUUAAAGACACUGCCAUAAGGAGGGAUGAUUCUUCUGGUGAAAGUAACGAAAACGAGCAUAUAGGAGAGAUUUUGCCGCCUGAUUUCAAAAUUAAAACGUCCAAAAAUGACGAAUAUAAACCCUCAUCUAUUAGAAGGAGUCUUUAUCCUCUUUUUCAACAUCAAACCAGGAAAUCUUACAACUACGAUGAAGGUUUUCAACCAAGAAACCCUGUAGCAUUUCCUCUGGACAAAUACCGAUCAGAAUACGACCCUACAACAGCCAUAUCAGCUGAAGGAUUCGACCCAAGCACUUUUCCUGUUCAGACUGUAUUUCCUGGUCAAGACCAAGCCUACCAAAGGGCAAGGUUCAACGAGAUCUCGCCCUACAGGUACCCAAGACGAUUGAGACCCUUCGAAACGACACCAAGUGGGUUUCAGCCUGUUAGGAGCGAAGUUCCUCGGAGGGAACCGUACUUCGACCCUUCGGCAAGGUACCAGACUUGGUCAGGGUCCUCUAGGCGGCCGAGGGUGAUAUUUCCCAGUGAUUUAGUUCAGUUUAGGGAGCCGGUGAAUCAGGGGGUGUCCGAGGAGACUCCCGAGUGGUUGCUGGGGGAUGGAAACCUGCAGGAUUUGGAGGGAGGCGAAGACAGAGAUAGGGGUGACAGCGGCAAGUGCGCCAGGGGCGCCACCUGCGAGUUCUUCCUCUCCUGCUGGAUCUCCGGCGGUCUGGUGGACACGCCCUGCGGCGGCCUCCUCAGAGGCUGUUGCUUCAGGGGCGUGUCGAAGGCGGGGCUGCUUGCCCUCGGCCAAUCGGUGGGCACGAUCGAGGCCCCGCCCGACGGACCGCGCAGCCGCGAGGUGGCACUAUUCGACGACUUUCGUUGUGGUAUACCGGCCAAACAGCAAGCCCAAAGAAGGAUUGUCGGAGGAGACGAAGCUGGCUUUGGAACGUUUCCAUGGCAAGCCUAUAUUCGAAUAGGUUCUUCCAGGUGUGGUGGUUCCUUAAUCAGCAGAAGGCAUGUAGUUACGGCUGGUCACUGCGUCGCCAGAGCCACACCAAGGCAAGUCCACGUCACAUUGGGCGAUUACGUUAUCAAUUCGGCAGUAGAGCCCCUACCGGCUUACACUUUUGGUGUUUCAAGUAUACAGGUCCACCCCUUCUUCAAAUUCACCCCACAAGCUGACCGGUUCGACGUAGCCGUCCUGCGCCUGGACAGAGCCGCUCUGAACUUACCCCACGUCACCCCCAUAUGUCUCCCCGCCAAGGGGGAGAGCUUCCUGGGCGACGUGGGACACGCAGCUGGAUGGGGGGCUCUCAGUCCCGGGUCCAGACUGCGCCCCCAGACGCUGCAAACAGUGAGGGUGCCAGUGAUAGAGAACAGGCAGUGUGAGAGGUGGCAUAGGUCCAAGGGGAUACAAGUGACCAUAUACGAUGAAAUGUUGUGUGCCGGUUACAAGAAUGGAGGAAAGGACAGCUGCCAGGGAGAUUCAGGGGGACCAUUGAUGAUGCAGAGGGGAGCUAGAUGGUACUUGAUUGGUAUUGUGUCAGCUGGGUAUUCUUGCGCUCAACCGGGACAACCAGGAAUAUACCAUAGGGUUGCCCACACUGUCGACUGGAUCAACAGAGCCGUAGCUGCCUAAAAAACA